AUGGCGUCAAAUGUUUUGUUCGAAGAUCGCUUUGUGAUAAGCAGUGUAGAUAAUUCCAAGUUUGAAAAAGUCAGUAGAAUUAAAGCGAAAAGUACAGGUUAUGACGCGGAAUUAAUUCUUGAUGUCCAUUCGGAGUUGUUUAAAGUGGAGGAAAAGAAGGCUAUUUACUUGGCUCUACAGGACAAAAUUUUGAACAAAAAUGAUGAUAAAAUAUGGGAACAGAGCGAAAACAUUGCUUUGAAUAACAUAGAGUACAUUAUGAGUGGCAGAAUUUUUAAGUUUGAAGAGUUGUCUUCGGAAAGGAGGACCGUUUACGCCUCCUUCGGCGGACUCAUGAUGGCCCUGACAACUGACAAGCAGUUCAUCGGAGACCUAGAAAUUGACAUGAAAAUUUAUCUGCUCACGAAAAAUGUGGACAUUGAAAGGACGUGA